CAGAUGACCGGACAUAUUAUUGCUGCCUCCACAAGACACCGCCCGCUGCACAAAUUCCUUCCCGCAUAGCGAAAAGCUCAACCCCCGCUCGCCACAGCUGCCCCAACACCUCAACCAAUAGUCGAAGGCAUCCGCACGUAGUAUGGACGCAACCAUUUCGGAUCUCUCGGCUACACACAAGCGCCAAUACGCCUACAGCUAUCGGCUUCCCACUCCUCCUCGGGUUGUCGUCCCCCCACCGUCGUCCGCAAGUGAGAUACGGAGUUUGCAGGUCCGCGAGGCCCAUAAUGACACGGCCGAGGAGGAGCCCAUCGAUACAAGCUUCCUCAAGGACUUCAACUUGACUGAAGGCAUGCAAAGUAACCCCGUCCUUGCCUGGAAAUACGCGCAGCGGAGGGAAGCACAAGCAAUCCUUCCGUGGCUAUAUCUCGGUCCUGUCAAUGCGGCCAAAGACUCGACUUAUCUCAUGCGCGAAGGCAUAACCAUGACAUUGGCCGUCCGGACGAAUGAAAAUGCAAUGAAGACUGCUAUUCAAGCUGGGCGGCAGGUCUGCCAUGAAGUUGCGACCAUCGAAGUACCAGACAGUCCUGCCCUCAUUCGGGCCUUUCCCCGUGCUACCAGGAUCAUCACCCGACACGUUGCAGAGAUCCAGCGUCUCACAGCGUCCACCCCGAAUCCGCGGCUUGGGCGUGUGCUUGUGUUUUGCGAGUCUGGGAAUGAACAGUCGGCGGCUGUUGUGGCAGCAUAUUUGAUGGAGAUACUGGACGAUUUCGAUUUCCUCAGAGCCAUGAACCUCUGCCAAUCGCAGCGCUUCUGCGUCUUUUUCACCGACAGCAUCAAGACCAGCCUUCGGUCGUACUGGGACAUUAUUCAAGCCCGACGAACUGUCUUCGGCUCACGCACGACCAUGCCACAGUCUCCACGCUCUCCCAAAGGGCAGCCACACCAAUCUGCAUCUUCAGCACAUCACAAGAGGACGAUUCGAGACACGAUGGACGACGAAGAUGUCGACAUGGAGGAUGGCAUGGAUCUCGACGAUGUCCAACGCUUUAGCGGGAGGUCAAUUGUGCCUUUCAGCGAUGGCUGAGAGAGGGAGAGUUGGGCACAUCAACGGCGCAGCGGCCAUGUUGUCGCUCCCUCGGGUAUGCAUUGCGCGGUUGCUAUAUUCCUAGCGGGAGACAACAUAUGGCGGAGUUGGGGUCAUGCAUGGCAUCUUCUGCAUGUUUGGACGCAGACGGGUAUAGACUGGCCCGGCGACUGCCGCCGACCUGGGCGGCCUCAGUAGAUACCUAGGUAUGGUUACAACAAUCUGAAAGCGCGGCGAGUUUGCAUGAGUGAAAGUGA